CCGACGCCUACUCGGUGCUCUCUGCCUCUCUAUUUACAAUCUUUACAAAAGCGUUUCUCUGAAAUCCACAUGAAUAAUAUUGUUUCCAGUUUUUCCCACUUCUCAUAAAUUUUGUUCUUGAUUCUAUAACAUUGACUUUGUAUAAAAAUCAGUUUUUUCUCAUCUUUUCUGCUUCGCUACCUGCAGACAAUUAACAUGUGAAUUGCCCGAAACGCAGAAGGUCGUAAAAUGUUUAGCAAGGCCCUUUUGGUAUUCCUUUGCGUACAUCUAGGCUGUAGGACGUCAUGGGCUUGUGGGAAAAGUUGCGCCUGUAAAUGGAAAAACGGAAAACAAACCAUCGAAUGCUCGAACAGGAAUUUAGACGCGAUUCCGUCAGGCUUCAGCGCUGACAUGCAAGUGCUCGAGUUUUCCGGCAACCGCUUGCCCGAGCUGCCGGCCGAAUUUCUUCUGAAAGUGCAGCUGGUCAAUUUGCAGCGAAUUUUUCUGUCCAACUGCAAUAUCAGGGCGAUACACGAGGAAGCGUUUAAAGGACUGGCGAACCUGGUGGAGCUCGACCUAUCCAACAAUUUUAUCGAGCGCGUGCCCACCGAGGCUUUUAAGUUUUGCCCGGCUCUAAUGAGGCUCACACUUAACUACAACCCCAUCCACGCCCUGCAGAAGUUUUCUUUUAACUACCUAACUUAUUUAAAUACCUUGGAGUUGAGCAAUUGUUCUUUAUUCGAAGUGGAGGCGGGAGCUUUCCAGGGACUUCACAGCCUGGAAUGGCUUCAUUUGGACGGAAACAGAUUAAAAACUAUUCCCGGACGGAAAACCCUUCCCGAUAAUAUUAAAGGUGUGGAGUUACAGCACAACGCCUGGGAAUGCGACUGCCACAUCCAAGAUCUUCACGGUUGGCUUGUGAAUUUUAACGUUCCCAUGUCGAGUGAACCGAUGUGCAAGGGUCCGUCUCGUCUAUCCGGUCGCGUUAUCAAAUCAAUACCGACCGCGGACUUGGCCUGUCUGCCCGACGUAUCGCCGACCUCCUUCUAUCUGGAACUGAGCGAGGGAAAAAACGUCUCGCUAUUGUGUCACGUCCACGCGAACCCGGAAGCGACCGUGUCGUGGUGGUUUCAAGGCCGGAUUCUGCAGAACAAUACGCCAGUUGCACCGGGCUUACACUUGAUUUACUACGUGGAAGAGGGUCCCGAGAAAAAGCGCAGCGAACUGUUCAUAUACAACGCUGACGCCGACGAUAACGGCACCUACGUUUGCAACGCGGAAAACGCGGCCGGCUCCACUCACACCAACUUUACCGUGAAAAUCCUGCUAAAGGAGGACCCGAUCGUGAUUAUUGUUUCCCUUCCGAUCGAGUAUUUUCUUGUGGUCGUCGGUGCGGCCGCCGUGCUAGGAUUGAUGAUUGUAGUCGUGUUGGUCGUAUUGAUUUUCAAAUGUCAUCGUAAUCGCUGUAGAGAGGAAAAACGGAAAAAACCGACGAGCAAGCCUGAGCUUCAGGAUGAAGAGUUGGAAGGCAGCGCAAGGGAAGUGAAUACGACCACUGAUUCAGAUGACAUGAUAAAGUACGGCGUGCAACCCUGCGAGUCUUCGUUGUCCCCCGUCGCUAAUCAAAUCAGAAGUCCCUCGUCUCUUAGGCGCUAUCAACUGGAACAGAAUCCCGACCUCAUUAACGGCACCGAAAGCAACUUGGGGUAUCGCAGGGACGGAGACGGAGCCGAUCAGCAAGGGAUGUGCAAACUUCUGGAGACAACAGGGUUGCGCAACAUCAGAUGCGUCCUCGACUCGCAGGGUUAUCCCAUAGAUUACGGCCUUCCGAAAUUGGCUUAUCGUAAAACGUCUAAUGAGAAUUAUUACCGCACCCUCCCGUGUAAGCGUUUGAAGCGCCAUUCAGCCGCAAAUCCCAUUAACAGGUUCUCUCGGGAAGCCGAAUACCUAUCAAGAAGCCUGGAUUACGACUACCAGGCGAACGUCCGAUACACGGCGACGGGUUACCCCCCGCCGAAAUUGGACAUCAUGGGUGGAGAUCUUGCCCCCUCGUCGCUGCCCUGCUGCUCUUCGGAGUUGCCCCCGCGGUUCGUUGCCGCCAAUUUGCAUGCCGCUAAGGAUCCAGCGAGCGGGGAAAAGAGAUGCGCGAGCGCGCAAACAGAGUCCGUCGAGUCCGGCGGCGGCUGUUUGAACACCCGGAACGACGUCGUUAACGAUGUGCUGACAGAAAGUCCGGACGAAGGUUACGAGGGCGAACCGCCGGUGGUGGUGUAAUUUAGCGCGUGGCGGAAUGUUUUGUCGCACACGCACUUUUUUGAUUAUGAACUAACAGGGUAAUUGCAUGCUUCUUUAAACAGUUUGAGUCUUAAUUAACCGCGCGGGUAUUGAUUUUUAUGCUUACCAAAUUUUGUAUUUGUAUAAAACAGAUUUAACAAAGUAAUCAAAAAAAUCAGCACACCUUAUGAAUUUAAUUACCAUUCUAUUCUGUAAAUCGGUUAAACUAAACAUAUUCAGCAAUCAUCAUCAUUAAAUUCCAUUUCAGGAUAAAUUAGCUUUAAAGUGGAUAAAUUUAAGGAAUUUACGCCAAGCAAUAAUUUUGUACGUAGAAUGAAGCUAUUGUUAAAAUUGAAUAUGAACAUUUGCCAUUUCAUAUUUAUAAUAAACUUUGUUAGAUUUUUUUGUAUUUAAAUGUUUCAGAAAAUAUUAUACAGGGUGUGCUGAUAGCAAUGGAGAUGCCAAAUUUAAAUACCGUAAAUUAAACGUUUUUUUAGACCAUUUUGUUUUUACAUAAAUUUUCAACGUACCAUCAACUUUAAAAUGU